CCUGCUGGAGGAACGUACCAACCGCUGGAGUGGGGUGGGCGCGGAGGACCCGCCGACUGUCGCUCCCGGAAGUCGCCCCAGAACCUGGACCGCCCACCACCAAGCUCUGCAGGGCCCUGGGCACCUCAUGGUUCGUGUAGACUCCAAGCUGGCUCUCCACAGCGUCCACCCCGCUGUCACCCUGGUGUGCUUCAGUGAAGAGAAAGGGGUGCCAGUCAUUGCCCAAGAUCCCGGACCUGCCCCGGGGACUGUCAGGAGAUGAGGUUCCUCAAGCAGUAGCCAAAGUGAGAGCAGGUGGGACACAGGCCUGGUUUCAGUACCCUGUUCUGUGUUCUCGGGAGCAGUGAAGCCCAUGGACUGCUCUGGUCCUCUGCUCUGCCACUGAGCGUCACGUUGCUGCUCUGGGUUUCUGUUUCUUCAAUCAAAAUAAGAGCGAAGGUGUCUUUGCCUCCCUGGGCGGCCCCGCCAUCGUGGCGCAUGACGCCCCUCUCCCAGUGGAGACGGCUGCGCGUCUUCUCUUCUUGAAGACCAACCUGGGGCGUUUCCCGAGCUACGCCCCCGCCCCUCAUCUUCCCCAGCAGAGCGCUGCCGAGCUGCUCUGCAGCCUGGCGCUGGAGGCGCAGACCGGUGAGUCUGACCGCAGGGUCCGGUGCCCUGAAGAGCUGCCUGUGGGAAGUCUGCGUAGAUGACGGGAGGGGGCACAGUGUCACGUCCUAGGACAUUAGACAGGGACAGCCGGGCUCCAAAACUUGUUUGAAAAGAAUGAGGACAGUUUCUCAGUUCUUGACAGACUGUCAUUUUCGUUUUCGUGGAGAUGUCAUCUUCAUUUGCCCACUGCUGGAGUCACUGCCGGUGGUACGUGCGCGGGAGGGUGGGCUCUGGUCAUCGGUGACUCUGAGUUGUACCACGCAGCGUAGGGACCGCGGUGCUCCUUUAAAGUGUCAGUGGGCAAGGGGCCCUACACGCGGCUUGUCCGUGUGUGUCGGGGCAGCAGGCCCUCAACGUCUGCGUUCUCAGAGAGCAACCAGGCACCGUGCGGGAUAUCCUCAGCCACCUAGGGCCUGGGUAAGCCGUGGACACUCUUCCUGGAAAGGAAAGAAACCCUAAUAUGAUAGAGUAGCCACUUUAAGAGGGAGGUGCCCACACGCACACCAGUCUUCUUAGGGUCUGUACUUUGCCGUGGAUCCCGGGGUUCCCAAGAGCCCUGGUGGAGGGCACCGCCCAGCUCCUGCGGGCGUGUGAUCGAGGAGAGCUGGCAUGCCCAGUCAUCACGUGGCCGUUGUCACCUGUAGUUUGUUUCCAGACUCCUGGAAGCCUUGGGGUUUCUUCUUUCUACAGUGAAAGCAGUCUCAGGAAGCAAGAAAGGGCAUGUAUCCCAGUGACAGACCGGCCUGAGCUCCUUUAGGGUCGAGUGCAGGACCUGAGGGCAUGGGGCCCAGGUGCUGGUGGGAUCGGUGGGAAAAGAAGGAAGGGCGAGGCCAGAGUGUUUGGGGAGGGGCCCGUCCCACCCACAAGACACGAGUCCAGCUCUGCUGAGGUGCUGGGCCGCUGGGAGAGGGACUCUGAGAGGGAAGGGGGUGUGUAGAGACACCAAGGCCUAACUUGCACUUUGGCCCUGGCUGUGGGAUUGAGCCCGGGAGCCUGUUCCCUCGCUUCCCCUGUGUCACUGUGACUAAUUCACUGUAGGACGUUCGGAAGUUACUGAGAAUGUAAGGAAGCAGGAAAAAUUCACCGUAAUCCUUUCACUCAGCCUCUGUGAAAACUUUGACAUGUUUCCUUUUUUACCUUGAGAUCAUACCCUCUGUGCUAGUUAGUGUGCUGUAUUUUCAGUUUAACAGUGUAACAUGGCAUUUUCUUGAAUAAAGCUUCAUACGGAUUGUGUUCAGUGGUUGGAGCACCAUGAUAGGAAGUGAAGUCUCACCUCCACGCUGCUCAGGUCGUGUCUUCUUCCCCAGCUGCUGGAGGCAUGUCUGCACAGGCUCCCUGUGAGGAGAGGCCGGUGCCCCCGGGGGAGAGGCUGGGGCUAGGGCUGCACGUCUGGCCGGCGCCCCCGGGGGAGAGGCUGGGGCUAGGGCUGCACGUCUGGACUCUGCAUCCCGUGCGUUUGGGUGGUGAGAUCAGGGCCCGGCCCUGGACCCUCUCCCCGCCCCCCUGCCUCCCUUCCUUAAAUCGCACGUGCAUCUCAGACUUCAACGAGAAUCACCUGAGAGCAUCUUAAAACUGAGGCGUCCUGUCCCUCCCUCGCAGAUUCGGGUGUAGCAGGUCAGGUGGGGGCAGGGAUGUCAGGUGCCCUAACUAAAGCUGUCCUGGGGGCCAUGUAUUGGUCAGUGCCGCCAUCCCUCGGGCUCCUCCUGGGAGAGGCACCGUCCCCUUGCUGUGUGGCCUCCCCGCAGCGGCUCUCCUUGUUCUCGGAGAGGGGAGGCCUGGACCGGCGAGGCACCAGGGUGGGGGGGUGUGAGGAGGACGAGGGCAGUGAAAGGGAGGAGAGGAGAAGCUUGACGGUGCCGAGCUUGGGGGCUUGGGCUCUGGAGCGGUGGUUCUCAACCGGGGGCAGUUUUGUCCCCCAGGGGCCAUUGGGCAACGCCUAGAGAUGUUUUGGUUGUCACAGCUUGGGGGGGGAUUGCUACCGCCCUCUCGUGGCUGGAAGACAGGCAUGCACGGAGCAGCCCCGGCCCCAGACGGUGGCAGUGCCGGGUCCAAGAACCCUGCGCCAGGUUGCGGUCGGCGGGGAUGGGGCGGAGGAAGGGGCCCCAGUUCACCGAAGCGGCCAGGUGACUGUCCACCUGAGGCUGCUCCGAGUUGGACCAUUUCUUCCCUAGACUUAGCUGUGCCCUGCCCUGGCGACUCAUGGCAUCCUCUUCUGGCCCAUUCCCUGAUAGGUAAACUGAGACUCAGAACUGCUGGCUCUGAACAAGGGAAGAUGGGCCUCCCCCCGGAGAUCCAGAGUCACCUGUUUCAGUCAUAGCCUUGUCCGUGUGACCGAGUCCUUUUCACAGACACACGUUGGGCCAGCGGCCUCUGUUCGCUCAUUUCCAUGAGAGGACCAGGGUGAUUCUGCUUUUUUAGAGGAACGUUGACGCUGUUGCAUGUGGACGAGCCUUUCUCGCAUCGCGCGGAGCCUGCUCUCCGCUGCUGGCCUCUGCGUUGGCUGGGUUUGCACAGGCGUGUGGGCCCCUGCCUGGUGGAGGUGUGCAGAUUUGAGGUAAGAUGGGGCCCAGGAGCAGAGCAGAGGUCAUGGACACGCUGGAGAAUCAGGUUUUGACUACUGUGCUGUUCAUCUAACUGCAGACAAGGGCGUGGGACCCAGGGCCGAGGGCACAGAGCCGAGUGCUGGAGGGGCGCGUGUUUCCUGCCAGAUGGGACCCUGGGGGCACAGGAGGCCUGUUGUCCAGUCCCAGUGUGAUCUUCCCACUCCCCUUUCCUCUUCCGCAGAACGUGGGCACGCGCACACCGUUCUCUGCCCGCCCCCUUGUUCUUUCCCUCCCUUUGCGCACCACCUCCAUCCCCAUCGCUGACGGGGUUCCUCAGGGCAUUGCUUCCCCCCCCCCCCCAGCCCGUCCCCCCAGCAGCGGCAGGGCGUUUGAACACGGGGCUGGUGGCUCUUCCCUGGAGGCCUGGCGUGUUGUCCUCCCCACCCCCGGCUGCUCAUCAGUACCCUCCGUUCAGCCUCAAGCAUGUGGGUGUUCGCCCGACUUCAGCCCCUGACUGUACACCAGGGCUUCCUGACCGCUUUCACCCCCAAAAUAGUGGCUGGGAGGAUGUGCGUACCGCUGGAGAGAGGCCCGCAGAUACUUGAAGAGCUGGUGUCCCCCCGAGGCUGGCCCGUUGCGCCUCGCUCUCACAGACGGUGCCUGGACCCCGUCAUCCUGGACUCGCCGCUGCCUCCUGAGGCCGAUGCCGCGGGACACCCCAAGUGCGAGACGGGAGCCCGGCCUCCAGUCACAUGGCCAGGUUCUGGACACACGUUCUCCUCCCUCCUCUCAUCGCUCCUUGCCCUUGGGCGGGGUCCUCGUCUCUGGCUAGUGCUUUUAUGGCCCGUCUCCAGUGCCCGGUGGCCUGUGGGCCAGAGCAGGUUUAACCAACAUGGAGGUGACUGCGUCGCUCACUGCUUACAAACCCAGCAGAUGUUUCCGCAGAGUGACCAGGUUUCUUAGCAGGUGCCUCCAUGCCUUUUGGACAGAAACGUUGGUAGAAGUGAAGAAGGAGCUGGGCUGCUGCAGACUGGAGGGGGGCUGGGGAAAGAUGUAGGGCCCCCUUCUCAGAGAUGGGGGUGGGGGUCAGAGGUGUUAGCCGCUUCCCCAGCUCCCUGGGGCGUGUGGGAGGAGCUCUGGGCCUGAUUUCCUUGGAGGGGGCCUGAGGAGUGACGUUGCUAUGGAAACGCAGCCUGGGGGCCUGGCCGAGGCUCUGGAGCCCCAGGUUUUGUAAACAGCAGGAGUGAAUGGCUCCUUGUUUCUCCGCAGGCCUCACCCCGCCUGGCCGCCUGGCCUGGGCCCGGCCAGAGUCUGUGGGGCUGGGGAGCUGCCACUUGGAGCAGAGGUCUGCUUGUUUGCCUCUCUUCUUAGACCCCGACCCCUCUGCGCUUGCUCGGCAUCGCCCGCGCCCCUCCCCCGGCCUCCUGCCUCGUGCUCUGGUCUUGCGCUGACACCUGGGUUUCUGCCACCCCACGGCCACUGGCGACUAGAAAGUACCCUCCCUCCCCUUUUCUGGAUCCAACAUAGGUGCCACCCUGCCCCUCCCUCCAGGACGGCUUCCUUGACUGUCCGGACUCCCCUCCCCAACCCCCCUUUGCCCAUGUUUGCAGCUGGAACCAGGCUAUCUGGCUGGCAGCGAUGGGCGCUGUUCUGUUGGUGCCACGUGAAGAGCUGGUCUUGACAGGCAGGGGUCGGGGGAGCAAAGGGACCUGCUGGCCCUUGAGCGGGGGUGUCGGAGACAGGCGUCCAGCCCAGGCCGAGUGGACGGGGCGUCCUUUGGGGUGAGCAGCCCGCUGACCGCCAGUGGCACCUGCGUCACCGUGACGGAGCUGCUGGGGCCCCGGCCACCUGGACCCACUUCGUCUCAUGGAGUCUCGGGGUGAGAAGUCGGGAGAGGCCGACGGGGUGCACGUCACCCCUCAGCUGCUCAAGGCGCGCUCAGGCGAGUUCGCCCUGGAGUCCAUCCUGCUGCUGAAGCUGCAGGGCCUGGGGCUGGCGGACCUGGGCUGCCUGGGGGAGUGCCUGGGCCUCGAGUGGCUGGACCUUUCGGGCAACGCGCUCACCCAGCUGGGCCCGCUGGCCUCCCUGCGCCAGCUGGCCGUGCUCAACGUGGCCGACAACCGGCUGACGGGGCUGGAGCCCCUGGCCGCCUGCGAGAACCUGCAGAGUCUCAACGCCGCGGGCAACCUGCUGGCCGGCCCCGGGCAGCUGCAGUGUCUGGCGGCGCUGCGGGGCCUCGAGCGCCUGCGGCUCCGCGACCCCUUGGCCCGGCUCAGCAACCCGCUGUGCGCCAGCCCCUCCUACUGGGCCUCGGUCCGCGAGCUGCUGCCCGGCCUGAAGGUCAUCGACGGCGAGCGCGUGAGCGGGCGCGGCAGUGACUUCUACCAGCUGUGCCGGGACCUGGACAGCUCCUUGCGCCCCAGCUCCGGCCCGGGCCCCGGCCCGCGAGCCGUGGAGGCCCAGCCCUGGGUGGAGCCCGGCUACUGGGAGUCCUGGCCCACGCGCAGCAGCUCCAUCCUGGAGGAGGCCUGCCGCCAGUUCCAGGACACGCUGCAGGAGUGCCACGACCUGGACCGCCAGGCCAGGGACAGCCUGGCCCAGGCCGAGCAGGCGCUCAGCCCCGCAGGCGCCACCUCCUUUGUCUUUUGAAUGCGCCCUGUGGCCGUGGCCCGUGGGGUUGCACGCUGUGGCCUCCCUGCUUGUCUUCAUGGUUUCAUCAUGCUGGCCACUGGCCCUGCACACGGGCCUCUUAUGGGCCCCCUUCCCUAAGAGCAGCCCCCCUCCCUUUCACACCUCCCCUCCCUCUCACACCUGCCUCAAGGAGAAUUCCCCACCCAUCCAUCAGGGACACACCUCCCUUGGACCCUCCUCAGGCAGCUGGCACCUUGUGAGGCUGUCCUGCACCUAUGCUGUGCUCCUGGGAGGAGGCCCGGCCUCCUCGUGCCCGUAGCUGCUGCCACUCCUGGCUGCCUGAGCCUGAGGCUUAGUGGAAUAAACUUGCUUGGUCCUAAGGCUGAAGGUGAGAGGCAGGGAUGGCAAGCCUCCUGCCCAGCCCGUCCUGGGAGACGACGCGGCAGAGCUCGGAGCGUGGAAGCCGCAUCUUCCAGGUUGGUUUGUCCAAGUGACCCUCUGCUGUGCCCCCCCCGUCCCGGGUCUCCCUGAAGCCUCCGCUGCCAUGCCCACCCGUGCCAAUCCCCAUUAAAUAUUCGUGUUUUAAUUUGCA